AUGGGUAAUUUCGUCAAGGAUAAACGAUACUUUGAAAAAAGAUUGCAUUUUUCCACAGAUAAACUUCAGAAAUGGUUUGCUUGUGUUUGUUUAAUCAAUUAUUAUUAUCCAGAAUCGGAAUAUGGGCUGCCGAUAAAAUAUGCAACACAUGCCGAUGGGUUAAAACAGACUAUUGACAAUGUUACUAAUUUGUCUUCAAUGUUGGUUACUUUAGCCGUAUACAUUUCUCAAACAGAACAGAAACUUUCAGAUGACAUCUGUAAAGAAGAUCCUAGUAAUCACUCAUUAUCAUGCUUAGCCAGCGAAACGUGUGUUGCGUCAUCCAUAAUGUAUGUUAAUAUGGGGCAAUAUUGCAUGAAAAUAAAUGAUUAUUCGUCGGCAAUCGAUAACUAUAACAUAUGUUUGUCGUUGGCCAAGAAACAUUUACCAGCAAAUCAUCAACUUGUUGCUGUGAUACAUCAAUGUUUAGCUGAAGCACAUGGCAAAUUGCAUCAUUACGAAACGACGAUAAAUCAUCUGAGCGAAGCGUUAGCGAUCUUAAACAGAAUACUUCUGGAGGAAAUAAAACAGUAUAAUGUCGCACUUUUAGAUUUCACCCUUGGUCUGCUAUAUUUUGAAGCGCGUGAUUAUGAUCUUUCGCUUGUAAAUUUCAAGAAAUCAUUAAAUAUUCAUACCACUAAGUCAAUGUUGAAUAGUACAAUGGUAUCUGACCUUCAUCAAUAUGUUGCCACAUGUUACCAGCUUAAAAAUUUAUAUGAUUUGGCUAUAAAACAUUAUAUUAACGUAUUUGAAGAAUAUGAUGACUCUUUUCAUCUUGAUUCAAAUAGAAUUGUAGACAUUUAUUAUCAGUUGGGAAGAUGUAAUUACUAUAAAAGUGAUUUUGAUUAUUCGCUCCAAUACUAUUAUAAAUCAUUGCAACCAUACGAAUUAUGUUCAACUUCUGCAAAUACUGUACAGCUUACACGCCUGGAUCAAUCGAUUAGUAACGUUUAUGAUAUCAAAGGUGACUUCAAAUUAGCCUUAAAACACUGUAGGGAGGCUCUUGUUCUUCAAGAUCCAAACGAUGAAUCAGCGACUGCAUCACUCUAUAACAAUUUAGGGCAUUUUUUGGUUAAAUAG